AUGUUUAAAUUAACAAAUUAUAUAAGAAAUAAUAAAAGUUUGUUAAAUAAAAUUAAUAAUAAAUAUUACUGUACCACCACUACAAAUGCAAUCAAUAAAAAAAAAAUAUUAAUUACCACACCAAUUUUUUAUGUCAAUGGACCACCACACAUUGGUCAUUUAUAUACAGCUUUGUUAGGUGAUGCAUUUGCAAGAUGGAAUAGAUUUAAAGGAAAUGAUACAUACUUUAUGACAGGUACAGAUGAACAUGGUAUGAAAGUGGAUGAAGCAGCAAAAAAGAAAGGUUUAAAAACUAUUGAUUAUUGUGAUAGCAUCUCAAAUAGAUUUAAAGAAUUAUUCAAGUUAUCAGAGAUUCAAUAUGAUGAUUUUAUUAGAACUACUGAACCAAGACACAGAGAUGCUGUUACAGCAAUGUGGAAUAGAUUAUUAGAAAAGGGAUAUAUUUAUAAAGGUGUAUAUAAAGGAUGGUACUGUACUUCAGAUGAAUCUUUCUUAACAGACGAUCAGGUUAUGGAAGGUAUGUCACCAAUAACCCCAAAUAAUCCAGUCAGUAAAAAGUGCAUGGUAAGUAAAGAGUCUGGUCAUGAGGUUACUUGGGUUGAAGAAGAAAACUAUAUGUUUAAAUUAUCAGAAUUUGCAUCAAAAGUUGAAAACUGGAUUCAAGACUUAAAUCCAAUAUUUCCAGCCACACAUACCAAACAACUAUUGGCAAUGAUUUCUCAAGGUGUUAGAGAUCUCUCCAUCUCAAGACCAUCUUCACGUAUUACAUGGGGUAUUCCUGUACCAAAUGACCCUAGUCAAACUAUUUAUGUUUGGUUAGAUGCACUCACAAACUAUUUAACUGUUACUGGCUAUCCAAAAGUUGACCCAAAUGAUCCAUCAUCCUAUUGGUCCAAUACUCAUCACAUCAUUGGUAAAGAUAUCAUUAAAUUCCACUGUCUAUAUUGGCCAAGUUUUUUAAUGGCUGCCGAAUAUCCUGUUCAAAAAGGUGUUCUUUGUCAUGCCCAUUGGACUGUAAAUAGAGAAAAAAUGUCAAAAUCACGUGGUAAUGUUGUAGACCCAUUCGAAAGUAUUCAAAACUAUGGUUUAGAGGUCAUCAGAUACUUUUUACUUAAGGGUGGUGGUUUAGAAGAUGAUGGCGAUUGGUCAGAUCACGAAAUUUCAGUUCGUUUAAAAGCAGAUUUAGCAGAUACUUAUGGUAAUCUUUUAUCAAGAUGCACAGGCAAACCACUCCAUCCAUCAGGUCAUUGGCCAAAAUCAGUUAAUCUUGAUGAAUCCUCAACAUUACUCACUGAAAAAGAUAUUCAACUUUUAAACCAUUGUAAAAAAUUAAUUAAUGGAGCAACUGUCAAUUUCGAUAAAGGUGAUUUCAAAAAUGGUAUUUACGAAAUUCUAGCAUUCCUCUACGACUGCAACGGCUAUAUUCAAGAACAAAAACCAUGGACAUUAGCACCCAAACCAAAUCGUCCAAAUGCAGACCCAGUUCGUUUAAACACUAUUAUGUACAUUGCAUUAGAAAUGAUCCGUAUUGCCUCAUUACUCCUCUUACCUGUUAUUCCAUCCUCUGCCACAUUAGCUCUCAACCAACUCGACAUUCCUUUAGAUCAAAGAAAUCACCAAAACCUAAAAUUAGGUUAUGAUUAUUUCUCUAGAGAAAACAAUCAAAUACCACAAAACUCUUUAAUUUUAUUUAAAAAAUAA